AAAAAGUCAUAAGUGUUAAUUUGUAUUAUCACAUAUUGUAAUGCUUAAAGAAAAUAAAAUUAAGUAAACCACUCAACGGUAAAAUCUCCUAUUGUUUUUUUUUCUUUGGGGAUGGAAUUUGCAAAACUGCAUAGUUGGAUUUAUUUAUGAUGGGUGAGUGACUCAGUGUAACAAUGGCUCUAAAUAUUGAAAGCCAACCUCGUGUAGUUCUCAUUACCAUUAGAUUAAAGACGUAUGGGGAUCAACUCCACCUUUUCUACUUAGCAGUUGUCUUAGGAUUUGCAUCUCAAGAUCUGACGGACAAAAUUUUGACACGGUCUGUUGUAUAGAGGAUGUUCCAGAAUUGAACCCGCAGAAUCCUCCUUUUGUAGUCUUAUUAAAUUACAGGAAUUAAAGUAUUCAAUUUUCUAGAGAAUGUUUUUCAUGCUAGUGGUGUAUGUGCAUUUGAGCUGUAUAAGAGGAAGAAUCAGCAUUAACUUUCAGGAGUGGAGGAUCUUGAGUGGGAACUGAUCGGAGAGCUCUGUUUGGGAACUUGAACCAAUAUUAACUUGCUGCAACUGAGCAAGCUUCACCAUCAAACUUGCCAAAAUUCUACACUUAAUUUUGAUCAUCCCAAUACUCGCUUGGCUUUUAAGAUCUGGUUCUGAACUUCUCAGUGUUGUAGAUAACCCAUAACUUUCUUCUUCGCACCCUCUUCAAUUUUUCUUGGCAUUUUCAAAUUGUAUCGUUGGUUGAAGAUGAAGUUCCUCAGCUGGAUGCAGACUAAACUAAAUGGCAAACAGGAGAAGAAAAUCCCAGAUACACUCUCUACUUCUCAGCAUAAAAAACAAGAGUCUCGUGAGGAGUUUAGUGAUUGGCCUCAUGGGUUGCUUGCAAUUGGAACUUUUGGCAACAAUGAGAUUAAAGAUGAUUCUGAGAGACAAGACAUAGAGGAGGAGAAUCCAUCUUCUUCAGAAGAGAUAGUUGAUUUCUCUCCUGAAGAAGUUGGUAAACUACAGAAAGAGUUGACAAAACUUUUAUCUCGAAAACCGAAUGCCGAAAAGCAGGUUGCAGAUCUUCCAUUGGAUAGAUUUCUCAACUGUCCCUCAAGCUUGGAGGUUGACAGGAGAAUUAGCAAUCCACUUUGCAGUGAUUCAGAUGAUAAAGACGAAGAUAUUGAAAGAACCAUUAGUCUUAUCAUUGGUAAAUGUAAAGACAUUUGCGCCGAUAGUAAAAAGAAAGCGAUCGGGAAGAAAUCGAUCUCCUUUCUCCUUAAAAAGUUGUUUGUUUGUAGAACUGGCUUCACUCCUAUGCCACCACCAAGUUUAAGAGAAACUCUACAAGAGUCCAGAAUGGAAAAGCUUUUAAGAACAAUUCUCCAAAAGAAAAUCUCCCCACAAAACGCCUCUCGAUCUUCAUCAUUGAAGAGGUACAUAGAGGAAAAACAAUCAGCAAAAAACAGAAAUGAUGGAGAAGAAGACCAGAAAAAAAAUGCUAAAGAUGGAUCCAAAUGGGUCAAGACUGAUUCUGAAUAUAUUGUUCUUGAGAUAUAGUUCCCUCUCCUUUUCUAAUCAAUCUGCCAUCUAACUGAUUUGAAGACUUUCAAUCUCCACCCUUUGUUUUGAUAUGGAUCGAACGGUUGAGGUGUUGUUCAUCACAGCAAAGAAAAAACUAUACAUAUCUUAUUGACGGUGCUUACUCUUCUUUCAUUUUUUUCAUGGUUGUAUGUUUAUGAAAACAAUGCAACUCAUGUUAUGAAACAUCGUCAAAAAGAGAUUGUUUGAUGAACAGAGGGCUUUGCAUUUUUCACUUUUAUUUUACUUCAUAAUUCUUCUUCUUCUUCUUCUUCGAUGUUGUUGGAGUCUCUCUUUUGUAACAUAUUUUAGGCAAAUAACAUUUUGUAUUGUUAUAAAGUUGCCAUUCCCAAAGACAAUUAUUGUUGGGCUCUGUUUCCUCCCAACUUUUUACUCACUUGGCUUUAUUGGCUAAUUGUGGUCGAUUUUGGAUCUCACAUCACCUUGGUCGCUUUAUAUGUGCAAUAGUUGGAUGUAAAUUAGG